UUUCCUCACCUGCGGCGGCGGGGCCGGAGCGGCUCGGGCCAGGUCCACCUGGGACCCUCCGGGACCCCCAAUGGAGACCCUCAGGUGCUGCUUCCGUGCACGGCCCCCCGGGGGGGGUCCCGUGUCGUACUCGCGGCACAGGGACCCCCGGGGGGGGGACGAGGAGGAGGAGGAGGAUGGGGCGGAACCCAUCGUGCAGCUGCCACGCCCCCGGACACGCCCCCGGUGCAGACCACGCCCCCGGAAACGCCCGUGGCUCCACCCCUUGGCCACCCUGGCCCUGGGCUCGGCCACCGCUUUCGUGCUGGGGCUGUUGGUGGCCGGGAUUGGCCACGCCCCGUGCAGGGGUGGGGCCGUGGGGGCGGGGUCUCUUACAGGAGGCUCCACCCCCGAUGGAGUUUGGGGUGGGGCCAGCACAGAGGCUCCGCCCCCCCGGCCCCGCCUGCGGGAGCUGCUGCGGCGUCACCUGUCGGAGGAGCGGGUGGAGGCCUGGGUGCGGGAGGUCAGCGCGGUGCCGCACGGGGCGGGGUCAGGGCGUGGCCGCGCUUUGGCCCAAUCCGUGCUCAGCGCCCUGGCAGGGGCGGGGCUGACCCGGGCCUGGAGCCGCCCACAGCCCCUCCCCCUCCCAAUACGGGGGGAGGUGACCCUGCGCUGGGUGGGGCCGGAGGGGGAGGAGCUGGAGCGGCUCCGCCUCGACCCCGACGCUUUCUGUGCCUGGAGCGUCCCCGGCAACGCCACGGGGGGGCUGGUCUACGGCCACUACGGCCGCCCCCAGGACCUGGCCGAGCUGCGGGCCCGGGGGGUCUCGGCCCGGGGUCACCUGAUGCUGCUGCGGCUGGGGAGGGGCAGCCCCGCCCAGAAGGUGGCGGCGGCGGCGGGGGCGGGGGCCGUGGGGGUCCUGCUGUACCCGGACCCCCAGGACACGGCCGGGCCCGGGGGAGGCCCCGGCCUGGGGGGGGACACGGCCGUGACCGUCCACGUGCAGGAGGGGGCGGGGGACCCCUUCAGCCGGGGGUUCCCCUCCUUCACCGGCCGCGCCCCCCCCGGGCCCCCCCCGGGGGUGCCCCCGAUCCCCGCCCACCCCAUCAGCGCCAACGUGGCCGCGAAGCUGCUGCGGGUUUUGGGGGGUCCCCGGGCCCCCCCGCACUGGAUGCCGCCGGGGCGGGGCCCGGGGGGGGCCCUGCGGUUCCUGCCCCGCCCGGGGGGGCGGCGGCUGCAGCUGAGCGUGGGGGGGGGCACGCGCCCCGGGACCCUCACCAGCGUCUUCGGGGCCCUGCGGGGGCGGCUGGAGCCCGACUGUUACGUCAUCGUGGGGGCCCAACGCGAUUCGCUGGGGCCGGGGGCGGCGGCCUCGGGCGUGGGCACCGCCCUCCUGCUGGAGCUCGCCCGGUUCUUCGCCGCCAUUGGCCGAGAGGGGUUCCAGCUGCGCCGGACGCUGCUCUUCGCCAGCUGGGACGGGGGCGAGUUCGGACAUUUGGGGGCCACCGAGUGGCUCGAGGGCUACCCCGACCUCCUGCACACCAAAGUCGCCGCCUACAUCAGCCUGGACCGGGCCGUGCUGGGGGCCGAGCGGUUCGCGGUCAGAACCAGCCCCACCCUGGUGAACCUGAUCGAGAGCGCGCUGGAGCAGGUGGAGAGUCCGAACGAGGGCGGGAAGAGCCUCCUGGAGCAGCUGACGCGGCCGGGACGGGGCUGGGAGAGCGACGUGAUCCGCCCCUUGUCCCCCGACAGCUCCGCCUUUCCCUUCACGGCGGCCGCGGGGGUCCCGGCGCUGGAGCUCGGCUUUGAUGAGGCGCGGGCUCUGUCGCUGCAGUGCCUCUCCUCGGCGCGGGGGGGCGUGGUGCGCGCGGCGGCCUCGCUCCGUCGCGACAUGUCGGGAUCGGACAGCUCCAACGAGCGCCUCAACCGCGGCUUCAACGCGCGCCUCAUGGCCGCUGAGGCGUCCCUGCUGUCCCCGUUCGUGUCCCCUCUGGUCACCCCGUUCCGCCACGUCCUGCUGGGCCGGGGGGGUCACACGCUGCCGGCGCUGGUGGCCGAGCUGGGGACAGCGGGGACCCGCGGGGACAGCGUCCAGCGGCGCCUGGCCCUGCUGGCCUGGACCCUGCGCGGCGCGGCCGCCGCCAUGGCCGGCACCAGCUGGGACCGCGGGGACCUCGGGGACAGGGGCGGCCUCGGGGACAACGGCGACUGCGGGGACCCUGGGGACACCGGGGACAGCUGGGGUGGCCUCGGGGACCCUGGGGACACCGGGGACAGCUGGGGUGGCCUCGGGGACCCUGGGGACACCGGGGACAGCUGGGAGCGGGAGGACACGUGGGGUUAUGGGGACACCUGGGAGCGGGGUGGCCCUGGGGACAACAAAGGGGACCUUGGGGACAGCGGGAUCCAUGGGGACACCGAGGAUGGGGGUGGCCUUUGGUGA